AGAGCCGGAAGCAGGUGCUGUUUCAAGGGAGGAGGGACUGGGCGGGUCAGGCCACGGCGGCUGACGGCGGGGGAGGAGCUGGGUCCACUGCCGGUUGGAGGGGCAAGUCGAGUGUCCUUAUCCUAGCGAUUGGGACUCGGGCCUGUGAGCCAGUUGGAGUUGCAGCGGCGGGAACGAUUGGGCCGAGCGGAGGAAGACAUGUUGCUCUUCGUGGAGCAGGUAACAUCUAAAGGAACUGGUUUAAAUCCUAAUGCCAAAGUAUGGCAAGAAAUUCCUCCUGGAAAUACUGAUACUAUUCCAGUAACUCAAGGAACUGAAAGUUGGCAUGAAACAGCAGCCACAUCAGGAUCUCAUCCUGAGGGUAAUACAGAGCUUUCAGAAGAUAUAUGUAAGGAAUAUGAAAUAAUGUAUUCUUCAUCUUGUGAAACCACAAGAAAUACUACAGGCAUUGAAGAACCAACUGAUGGAAUGAUUUUAGGACCAGAAGAUCUGAGUUACCAAAUAUAUGAUGUUUCCGAAGAGAGCAAUUCAGCAAUUUCUACAGAAGACUUAAAAGAAUGUCUGAAGAAGCAAUUAGAAUUCUGUUUCUCACGAGAGAAUUUGUCAAAGGAUCUUUACUUGAUAUCUCAAAUGGAUAGUGAUCAGUUCGUCCCAAUUUGGACAGUUGCCAACAUGGAAGGAGUAAAAAAGCUGACCACAGACCCUGAUCUAAUUCUUGAAGUGUUGAGAUCUUCUCCCAUGGUACAAGUUGAUGAGAAGGGUGAGAAAGUGAGACCAAGUCAUAAGCGUUGUAUUGUGAUUCUUAGAGAGAUUCCUGAAACAACACCAAUAGAGGAAGUGAAAGCUUUGUUCAAAAAUGAAAACUGCCCCAAAGUGAUAAGCUGUGAGUUUGCACACAAUAGUAACUGGUAUAUCACUUUCCAAUCAGACACAGAUGCACAGCAGGCUUUUAAAUACUUAAGAGAAGAAGUUAAAACAUUUCAGGGCAAGCCAAUCAUGGCAAGGAUAAAAGCCAUCAAUACAUUUUUUGCUAAGAAUGGUUAUCGAUUAAUGGAUUCAAGUAUGUAUAGUCACCCCAUUCAAACUCAAGCACAGUAUGCCUCACCAGUCUUUAUGCAGCCUGUAUAUAAUCCUCACCAACAGUACUCGGUCUAUAGUAUCGUGCCUCAUUCUUGGUCUCCAAAUCCUGCACCGUACUUUGAAACACCACUGGCUCCCUUUCCCAAUGGUAGUUUUGUGAAUGGCUUUAAUUCACUAGGAUCUUAUAAAACAAAUGCUGCUAUGAGUAUGGGUCGACCAUUCCAAAAAAAUCGUGUGAAGCCUCAUUUUAGGUCAUCCAGUGGUUCAGAACAAUCAACAGAGGGCUCUGUGUCAUUGGGAGAUGGACCAUUGAACAGAUCUAGUUUAAGGAACUUUCCAACUGAACGGCAUAACCCUACAGUAACAGGACAUCAGGAGCAAACUUAUCUUCCAAAGGAGACUCCCACUUCACAAAUGGAACAGAAUGGGGACUAUAGUAGGGGCAGGAGAACUCUUUUCAGAGGUCGAAGACGACGAGAAGAUGACAGGAUCCCAAGACCCCAUCCUUCAACAGCUGAAACAAAGGCUCCAACACCAAAGUUUGACUUAUUAGCCUCAAAUUUUCCUCCUCUACCUGGAAGUUCAUCAAGAAUGGCAAGUGAACUUGUUUUGGAGAAUAGGAUGUCUGAUGUUGUUAAAGGUGUCUACAAAGAAAAGGAUAAUGAAGAGUUGAGAGUUAGUCGCCCAGUGCCUGCAGAGGAUGAGCAGACAGACUGCCCUUCUGCCCAGCAACCCAGUAUGAGUGCCAGUCCUCCAUGUGCAGCUGAGCUUCCUGCAUUAAGCACAAUUCAGCAAGAAAAGGAUCUAAUAGACGAUUCUACUGUGCAGAAGGAUGUUCUCAACCAGAUGACUAUACCAGUGUCUUCCCCAAGUACUGCAAAGCCAUCAAGGGCAAAUACUGCUUCACCAUGUAAUAGUAACAUAAAUGCAUCUGUAACCAUGGCCCUACAGGAACCCCGAAAGUUAAGUUAUGCUGAAGUGUGCCAGAAGCCUCCUAAAGAGCCAUCUCCAGUUCUUGUGCAGCCACUUCGGGAACUUCGCUCCAAUGUAGUGUCUCCCACCAAAAAUGAAGAGAAUGGAGUUUCUGAAAAGUCUGUUGAGAAACCACAUGAGAAACCAGAAGCAAGGGCUAGCAAGGAUUAUUCUGGCUUCCGAGGCAAUACCGUUCCUAGGGGAGCAGCUGGAAAAAUCAGGGAACAGAGACGUCAGUUUAGCCAUAGAGCUAUACCUCAGGGAGUGACUCGACGUAAUGGCAAAGAGCAAUAUGUGCCACCCAGAUCACCAAAGUAAAAAAAAAAAAAAAAAAAAACUAUUCAAAUUCUUCUCUCUCUUCCCAUUAAACUUGAGCCGUGGCUAUAUUGAACUGUUUUGAAGGGGAGGGGAUAGCUAGGAAGGAAACCGGAGAAAGUACAUCCUUAAAUCAUUAUGUAUUUCGGCGUUGUGAGCGGUAGAAUUCCAAAAUUCAUCUCUAAAGUGAUUUUUAAAUGCUGGAGGAUUCCAAUCAGUAUAAAUAUAUAUAUAUAUAUAUAUAUAUACACACACACACAUAUAUAAAAAUAUAAUUUUUCUAUUUUUGUUUUUGAUUUUAAUUUGCAGAGAUUUUCUGCCUGGAAUCAAUUUUUGAGGGUUCAGAUUUAGCUUGGAAAAAAAAAAUUAUACAUCCUUCAGUAUAGGAGAUGAGGGAGUGAGAGAAAAUAUUUUUUGAAGAAACAUUUCUGUAAAAUUAGAAAUUACCUUUUUUAAUCUAUUUAAAGUUUGGCUUGAAGAAUGACAUCUCUGACUAUAUGGCCUUGUGUUGCGAAGCAGAUCAGUGGCUGGGGUGCCUGUUGUGGGUGUGAGUGUGUAUAAGAGUGAUUGAAGGCAAAUCUGUUGUCAUCUUAGUAAAUGAUUUGAAAAUUGAAUGUAAUACUUGAGUAGAUUUUUUUUUCUAGUUUGAAAUUUAGUCUGUCUUUUUGACCUUACUAAUUUUCAUUCAACAAGCUGUUAAGUUGAUUGUACUUGGAGAUGUGACUACCAAUCAGUUUGAUACUCAAGGAAAGAAUGGGGGUUAUUCAAAAACUGAAAAUUGCAUCUUAGACCUAAGUGGAUAGGUCAAAUGGACUUCAGAGGUUUAAACUACCGUGUGACUUUUUCCCCCCUAAAAUGGGAAACAAAUUUUUUUUUUUUAUUUCAUUUGUUACUGUCUGUUCUCUGACUGCCCAACCCCCUAAAGCAAAAUAACCAACAUCGGCUGAAUUGUAUGUUUGUAACUGCUUUGACCAGUCUAGUGAAAUCAUAUAACUGUUCUAAAUUUCAGAAUUGAACAUUAAAGUAUUUUACUCAUCACUUCACAUGUCUAGCAUUUUAGGUUCCAGAAUGGUAGGGCAGAUUGACCCUACAGUAAUUUAUUGUGUUAGUGUUAAAGAUGAAGCAUUGUAACUGACUCUUGAAGUGUUAAAUAGUGUAGAAGUAAAAAGAAGAAGGUUUUAAAAGGCUUACUUUGGGGAGAACUUUUUUCUGUUUACAGUAUAUUUGUCACCUUCCUUCCCUCCCUUUCCCCCCUCCCCCAAAUACAGUUUGGAAUUCACUGAAACAGAACCAGCAAGUCAUGAGAUUUUUUAGUUAAGGUGAGAAAGAUGGUUGAAGAAAAUUAAUGCAUAAUUUCUCAGUGAAAAAAGUUGUAGCUCUCAAAUAUUAAAUAAGCAAGUUUACAUGCUGGUAUUUAGAAAAUGGCUAAAAUAUUAAAAACCAUGUUGCAUUAAUCUGUUUUAAGUCAUACCAUGUUCCAAGUUGUAUGUAAGGUGGGGUUUUAUUUUGUUUUUUUAGGGAUAGUUUGUAAUAGUAAGAACUGUCCCUUAUGUUAGUGAAUUACAUAUGUACAAAUUGAAACUGUAAAUUGUGAACACUGGAAAGCACCAUUGUGACAUAGAGUAAACAUCUUAGUAAUAUAUUAAAAUGAAUGUAAAUGGAGGUUAAAAUUACAUUACUGUGAAACUCAUCUUCCAACUCUAAGUUAAGCUUUGGAGAUUUGUAUUAGGGGAUAACUGUUAAGAGCUUUGAAAACACUGCACAUUUCUGUACAAGCCAGAAUUAUUAUUUCUUUGUAACUUAUUAUUCAACUUGGCAAUUGCUUUUGAUUUGUUGGAUUGAUAACAUGGUAUAUUAUAUUUACAUAGUUUGAAACUAUUCAUUUCUACACACUAUUUUUUUUUUAAUCAUCUGCUAGAUAAAACAUACAAUAAAACUACCUGUGCUAAAAUUUGGAGAAAGUUUAGGUCCUGUUUUAAAAAAAAGUAUUAAUAAUCAUUGACUACAUUUAUGAUAAAAGUGCUUAUUUUGGUUUACUUAGAUAAUGCUGCAGUUGGUGGAAAUGAUAAACAUUUAAAGUAUUAACACCCUGUGAAUGCAUUGAAUUUAAGAGAAUAAACAUUUUGUAAAAAUCA